CCAAUGAACGGCGGCGACACAGCGGAAGGUGUGAGGGCGCCUCGCGGGAGCCAAUGAGAACACAGCUUACACGCUGCCAGUGUCUGUGCCUGUGGCUGCCCCGAGAGCUGAGCUGGGUCUGAGCUAUCGCUGCGCUGCCCGGGACUCGGCACGGACACUGAGCUUUACCCGCCCGAGUGGAUCUAUCUCUGUAUUCAGCCUCAGCCGGAGCACCCCGCGUGGAUUAGGGGCCCCGCGAGUAAUUGGAUUCCUCUGUUCCCCGGGACUGCGCUGCGCCGGACUGGAUCUUUCUCUGUUCCCCGGGACUGUGCGUCUGCCGCCUGCGAUUUACUCUCAGUCUGGGGAUCAGCGCUCACACAUGACUGAUGCCUCCUGAGAGUUACAACUCGCUGAGUAUGGGGAGAGCAGUGACGUGCGGAGCUUAACCCCCCUCAGCCCCCCAAAAACUCCUUAUUUGCCCCCUCCUCCCCAUUAUUUCUGCUACAACCACUCAAAAAUCCUUUACACCCCUCUUAAAUCCUUUACACCCCUCUUAAAUCCUUUACACCCCUCUUAAAUCCUCUGCACCCCUCUUAUAUCCUCUGCACCCCUCUUAUAUCCUCUGCACCCCUCUUAUAUCCUCUGCACCCCUCUUAUAUCCUCUGCACCCCUCUUAAAUCCUCUGCACUUAUAUCCUCUGCACCCCUCUUAUAUCCUCUGCACCCCUCUUAAAUCCUUUGCACCCCUCUUUAAUCCUCUGCACCCCUCUUUUAUCCUCUGCACCCCUCUUUUAUCCUCUGCACCCCUCUUUUAUCCUCUGCACCCCUCUUUUAUCCUCUGCACCCCUCUUUUAUCCUCUGCACUCCUCUUUUAUCCUCUGCACCCCUCUUAUAUCCUCUGCACCCCCUUAUAUCCCUUUCUCCUCUCCCCUGGAUUUGUCAUCGGUUCUGAUCUGUCACCCCAACAACUGGACCCCAACAUGCAGCCUAUAACAGGCAGGAGCUCCUUCCUGGAUAUUUUCCUUCUCCUCCUGAUCUUUCAUUUGGGAAUGGGAUCCAGUCUCCCCCAACAUCCCUUCUGUCCCUCCAGCUGCACCUGCACUAGGGACCUGGUGGACUGCAGUAACCUGGGCCUGACAGCGCCCCCCUCUGACCUCCCAGCCUGGACUGUACACCUAAACCUGAGCUCCAACAAACUGAAGGAGAUCGAUCCGGCCGCCUUCGCCCAGCUCCCAGAACUCAAGGAAGUAAACCUGGGAAACAAUGAACUGACUGGCAUCCCACACCUUGGUGCUGCUGCUCCUCAAGUAACUGCCCUGUCACUGCACCAUAACAAGAUCCGCACCAUCCAUCCCUCCCAUCUGAAACACUACGUUGCCCUGGAAACGCUAGACUUAAGCUCCAAUGAGCUGACAGAGAUCCGAAGCGCUUCGCUCCCUGCAGGACUGAGGAUUAAGGAGCUCCACCUGGGAAGCAACAAGAUCAGCAGUUUGGAGCCGGGUUCCUUUGACAGCCUGUCACGCUCGCUGCUUACACUUCGUCUGAGCAAAAACAGAAUCUCUCAGCUUCCUGUCAAAGUGUUCCGACUGCCCAGACUAACCCAACUGGAGCUGAACCGGAAUCGCAUUCGCUUGAUUGAAGGGCUGACGUUCCAGGGGCUGGAAAGUUUGGAAGUUUUAAAAUUGCAGAGGAACAAUAUCAGCAAGUUAACAGAUGGCGCGUUCUGGGGCCUCUCAAGAAUGCAGAUCCUGCAUCUGGAAAAUAACAGCCUGACGGAAGUGAACAGCGGAUCUCUGUACGGACUCCUGUCCCUGGAGCAGCUUCACCUGAGCAACAACUCAAUAUCUUCAAUCAGUUCCGCCGGCUGGAGCUUCUGCCAGAAACUGCAAGAGCUGGUCCUGUCCCACAACAAUCUGACCAGACUGGACGAGGGAAGCCUCGCAGACUUGGGAGCCCUGGACGUGUUGCGCCUCAGCCAUAACUCGAUCAGCCAUAUAGCAGAGGGGGCGUUUAAAGGUCUUAAAAGCCUGCGGAUUUUGGAGCUGGACCAUAACGAGAUAUCUGGCACAAUAGAGGACACGAAUGGGCCUUUUAUAGGUCUUGAAAGUCUGAACAAGCUAACUCUGUUUGGAAACAAGAUCAAAUCGGUGGCCAAGAGAGCGUUCUCAGGGAUCGAGAGCUUGGAGCACCUAAACCUUGGGGAAAAUGCCCUCAGGUCUGUGCACAGCGAGGCAUUUGGGGAAUUGAAGAACCUCAAGGAAAUAUACAUCAGUAGCAGCAGCUUUCUGUGCGACUGUCAUCUCAAGUGGCUCCCCCAUUGGCUGUCCAGCCGUCGCCUCCAGAACAAGGUCAAAGCCACGUGUGCCCACCCAGGCUCCCUGAACAACACCAGUAUAUUCAGCGUGCCCCCCCGGAGCUUUGUGUGCGAUGAUCUGCCCAAACCUCAGAUCAGAGUUCAACCAGAGAUCACAAUGGCGGUGCUUGGGAAAGAUAUACGCUUCACGUGUUCGGCGGCAAGCAGCAGCCCGUCGCCCAUUACGUUCGCAUGGAAAAAGGACAAUGAGGUCCUGCACAAUGUGGAGGUAGAGAACUUCGCCAGCGGCACAGAGAGAGAAGGGGAGGUGACAGAAUACACCACCAUCCUGCACUUGAGGAACGUGACUUUUGCACAAGAAGGCCGGUAUCAGUGCAUCAUCACCAACGACUUUGGACCUUCUUACUCCAACAAGGCCAGGCUGACUGUGAAUGUACUUCCAUCAUUUAUCAAGACUCCGCGAGACAGCACCAUCCGGGCCGGUACCAGAGCAAGACUGGAAUGUGCAGCAGACGGCCACCCAACCCCUGAAAUCGCCUGGCAAAAAGAUGGCGGCACGGACUUCCCUGCAGCCAGAGAAAGGCGCAUGCAUGUCAUUCCCGACGAUGACGUCUUCUUUAUCAUGGACGUCAAGAUCGAGGAUAUGGGAGUGUACAGCUGUACUGCCCAAAACUCCGCCGGUUCUGUCUCCGCCAACGCCACGUUAACUGUACUUGAGAUGCCAUUUUUGGUUCAUCCUCUAGAAGACCGAGUUGUAUCCACGGGCGCAACGUUAGCCUUACAAUGCAAAGCCAGCGGCAGCCCUCCACCCCGAAUAACAUGGCUGAAAGGGGACGAACCUUUGAUCAUGACGGAGAGACACCAUUAUACGCCUGGGAACCAGCUGCUCAUCAUACGGCAAGUGAUGUCGGAGGAUGCUGGGAAAUACACGUGUGAGAUGUCCAACACGCUUGGAACGGAGCGAGCCUACAGCCACGUCAGCAUCGCGUCCACGGCCGGCUGCCCAGGGGAGAAAGACAAAAUGGAAGGGAUGAUGACUUUUGGCAUCAUCACAAUUGCAGUCGUCUGCAGCAUCGUCCUGACCUCCCUGGUGUGGGUGUGUAUUAUCUACCAAACGAGGAAGAAGAGCGAAGUCUACAGUGUGACCAACACAGAUGAAACAAUUGUACCCCCUGACGUCCCCAGUUACCUGUCGUCUCAAGGUCUUUGCUCCAGCGACGGCUCAGUGAAUCCUGACGUUGAAGCCUGCAAUGUGUUAUACAGACAGCCAAGGCUCUGCACGUGCAACUCCGGGGAGACUUGUAAAACAGCAGAUGGAUUAUUUGGCCCCGAAAACACAGGCUUCAGAUUUCAGGUCGUGUGCACAGACUGCUUGGAUGGCGGCGCCGUGUACAACGGAAAGACUGACUACUGUCCGCAGCCGGUACAAUCCGUAGAUUACUCGUAUCAGAAGCCGGCAGGCAGCCAUGACAGAUUCAUGUGCAACGGGGACACGCCCACGGCGCCCAGUUAUCAUCACAACGUGGCUACGGACGAGGGCAGCAACAUGGAACCCGGGGGCAGCGUAUAUCCCAGCAACCAUGAAAGGAUAGGUGCGGCCGAAGCACAGAGCAAAGACCCAUCCCUGGAGCCAUUAAUCAGGUCGCCGGACAGUGAAGGCUUCCGACCAGUGCCCAGCUCUGACUGUUACCAACCCUACCCUUUACCCGAUCCUCUGAGUGAAGACUCAGCCAAACAGACUCUUCUCCCCAAUGGCCACGCCCCCGCGCUUAUCAACGAGCACAGGUCGCCGACGGCAUCGAGUUCUUCGAAGUGAAACAGUCGUGCAAAACGCAAGAAGACUUUAUUCAUUUGCACUGAAAAGGAUCCGCCUACCUCAUUUCCUUAACGGACUCGCAGGAGAUUGAAACGAACCAAUCAGAACGACCGAGGUGCGAACCCUACGGCUUGUGUGGGACGUGGCCCCUCCCCAUCUGAGCAUCACUGAGUUGUACAUAAGUGAAUUUAAAGCUUCUGUUGGAAGUGUAGCUGUGUAGUUGCACAAUGCAAGGACUUGUACAAACGGGAAAUGUAUUUGAUACAUUGUAAAUAAGAGUUUUGGUACAGAGAUAUAUAUAAAUGUAAAUAUCUAAAAAUAUACUUCUAUUUUACAGAGUCUAUUUUAACCUUUAGUGCAUGAAUGAGUGACGUUUGGCCACUGUGGGACACUUGAUAUUGAGUCAUUGUUGCCCCCCAGUAAAGAAACGGGUGCCUUAUCCAAUAACAGUUCGUUGGGGUUUGAGAUUUCCCGGCUGUGCAGCUUGAAAGCCCAAAAGGAAGGGCCAUAGUGGAGACUGCUGGUGGCUGGGCUUAAUGACAUUGUUUGUGGGUCAGAAUAAUGGACAAAAGAGUUGCCUGACAAUAAGGGCAUCAUGAUAAGCUUACACUCAGUUGGCUUCCUAAUUGCUGGAGAUACCUUCUACCAACCAAAUAGUAUUUUGGAACCUCAUUCGCUUCCAUAGGAAGUGCUCCUUGGUUGCUAAUUCAUAGUAUCCCUAGAGACUUAGAUCCUUGGCUGCUUAAAAUAAGAACACCAGACGCUUCAAUCCUUUCCUUGACUCAAGAGCUUUAGAUGAACCGCAGAAAAGCAGGUGCUCUUCUGAGGUUCCUCUAAAGCUCUUGAGUCGAAGAUGCAAAGUCUCCCUUCCUGUCUUGUGACUGUGCAUGGUCAUUUUGGUGGGGUGGCCAAGUUUAUAACUUGUGUUUGAACAUGUUUCUUAGGCUGGCCUUAUACUCAGUUGGCUUCUUGACUGCCUAAGUCAUUUUUCCUACCCACCAGAGACUUUGAUCCUUGAGUCAAGGAUGAAACGUUUUGCUUCCAGUCAUGUGACCAUGCACUGGUCAUCUUGGUGUGGUGGCCAAGUUUAUAACAUGUUUAGGUGCUCUUCUGAGGUACCUCUAAAGCUCUUGAGUCAAAGAUGCAAAGUCUCCUUUCCUGUCUUGGGACUGUGCAUGGUCAUUUUGAUGGGGUGGCCAAGUUUAUAACUUGUGUUUUAACAUGCUUCUUAGGCUGCCCUUACAAUCAGUUGGCUUAUUAACUGCCUAAGUCAUUCUUCCUACCCACCAGCGACUUUGAUCCUUGAGUCAAGGAUGAAAAGUCUUCCUUCUAGUCAUGUGACCAUGCACUGGUCAUCUUGGUGGGGUGGCCAAGCUCAUAACGUGUUUAACAUAUUUCUUAGGCUGGCCUUACAAUCAGUUGGCUUAUUGACUGCCUAAGUCAUUCUUCCGACCCACCGAAGACUUUGAUCCUUGAGUCAAGGAUGAAAAGUCUCCCUUCCAGUCAUGCGACCAUGCACUGGUCAUCAUGGUGUGGUUGUCAAGGUUAUAAGGCUGGCCUUAUACUCAGUUGGCUUCUUGACUGCCUGAGUCACUCUUCCUACCCACCAGAGACUUUGAUCCUUGACUCAAGAGCAACUGCAGUUCCUCUAAAGCUCUUGAGACAAGGAUGCAAAACUAGAGUCUCCCUUCCAUCCUUGUUACCAUGACCACUGGCCUUUAAGUCACCUUGGUGGAGUAGCCAUGUUUAUAACAUGUGAUUUGAUGUGUUUCUUGGGCUGGGACUUUAUUAUUGCUCUUCAAAAGCCACCUUAGAAAGAGUAGGGUGGAAGACCGUAUCAGAUUGGGUGAAUAUAGGACGGCUUAGUGUAUAUUAAGGAGCCGUGUCUGGUGUAAGAGAAACUGCCCCCUUGCAAUGUAGCAGGUAAAUCACAGGACUAUGUUUAUAUGUGAUGAAGUUGAGAUGCCAAACAUUUGGAUAGUCCUUACUUUUUUUUUUUUUUUAAUAAAUAAUGGGCCCCAGAAAUCAUGGAAGACCCAACUGCACAGAAAUUGCCAGUUUGAACAUGAUGCUUGAGGUCUUGAUAAUGUGCUUCAACAGAAAGCCCAUUUUACAGUAGAAAAUACUUGGAUCCCAUAGGUGCAGCACCCAAUGGAUCAUAUAUAUAUAUAUAUAGGCUUGUAUAGAU